AUGGACAAGUACUUCCUUCCAACUGAUGAAUCAGGCUACUACAUCUAUCCUGUUGUUGGUCCAGACGGAAGUCCUCUCCCCACAGAUAUGCACAGACGGCCGAUUUAUCCAGUGGUCGGUAAAGAUGGAAAACCACUGCCAACAGACGAGUCUGGAGCAUACGUCGGUCCUGAUGGACAACCAAUACCAACCGAUUCUAGCGGAAAACCUCUGGGAAAAGAUGGCUCUCCACUCCCAACAGACGCUUCGGGCAACUACGUUACUGUUCCGCUUGAAGAGGCCAUCAGUAAACAGCUGCCAACCGAUGAAAGCGGAAAUGUGAUCUACCCAGUCACGAAACCUGAUGGCUCACCGUUACCGACAGAUACUUCUGGACGUUACGUCACUGAUGAGGGUACUAUUAUUGAAAAAGACAGAAGUGGGAGACCACUAGGACCUGAUGGACAAGUACUUCCUACCGAUGAAUCCGGCUACUACAUUUAUCCUGCUGUUGGUCCUGAUGGAAGUCCGCUCCCGACAGAUAUGCACAAACGGCCGAUUUAUCCAAUCGUAGGAAAAGAUGGAAGCCCACUGCCAACAGACGAUUCUGGAGCUUACAUCAGCCCUGAUGGACGACCAAUUCCAACUGAUUCAAGUGGCAAGCCGUUAGGAGAAGAUGGUUCCCCGCUUCCAACGGAUGCAUCGGGCAACUACGUGGUUGUUCCAGGUGAAGAAGCAGUGAGCAAGGAACUACCGACAGACGAAAGUGGAAAUGUGAUAUCUGUCGGUAACGGUGAGCCAUCAGGUUUCGUGACUGGGUAG